UUCAUGGUGUAGCAGCUAAGACCCGUUCAGCUUAAGGACCGGUGAAAUCACAGAAGCCGUGACAUCAUCGGUCCUUUAGUUGGUCUGGAUCUAGCAGCUACCAGGAAAUAAAUUAGAUUUAGCAGCUGUUUUGUGACACAGAAGGCAGCUAACGGAACCGUUUGAUGGUGUUAUAUUUAUAGCAUCUGACUCAGCCACUGACAAUAAACAAGAUGAACAAAUACAGGAAGCAGAUGGCAGAGCAGUUCCUGAGUCAGGCCCUGGGCAUCAUCUGCCUGCUGACCGGAGAGGAAUAUGCCAUUGUGAAGAAGAGGCCCUCCCACAGCAUCAUUCACCGGCAGAGCAGAGAGGUGCCUAUAAAGUGUGAUGACGUUGCCGUGUAUUUCUCUAUGGAGGAGUGGGAGUAUAUAGAGGGACACAAGGAGCUUUACAAGGACGUCAUGAUGGAGACUCACCAAGCAAUCAAGACUAUAGAGAUGCUAGGAAAUGAGAACUUAGAAUUAACAGGUCACAGUGAUGAAAAUCUAGACAUAGGAGCACAAUCAGAACUUGUACAGAAUAUUCAGCCAGUGGAGACCCCAUCAGAUGUCUCAGCAGUUCUAGCAGAUCACAGUGCUGAAAAUCUAGACAUGGGAGCACAUGGAGAACUUGUACCAAAUAUUCAGCCAGUGGAGACUCCAUCAGACAUCUCUGCAGUUCUAGCAGAUCACAGUGCUGAAAAUCUAGACAUGGGAGCACAUGGAGAACUUGCACCGAAUAUUCAGCCAGUGCAGACUCCAUUAGACAUCUCUGCAGUUCUAGCAGAUCACAGUGCUGAAAAUCUAGACAUGGGAGCACAUGGAGAACUUGUACCGAAUAUUCAGCCAGUGCAGACUCCAUCAGACAUCUCUGCAGUUGGCAUUAAUACUGACAUAGAUGUUAAAACCGAAGAUCUGAGUGUGACGUGUCAGCUAAAAGCUGAAAUGCAAGAAAUGUGUGAGAGCGGCAAUGAAGGUGAAAAUGAUGCUAACAUUUUAUGGAACAUGGAACAAACAGAAGAUGGGUGGAUAAGAAAUAUAACCAAAGCUGCUGAGCAGGAAAUAUGUGCCAAUAUAAGUACAGGUGAAAACGAUGCUACAUUUUCAUGUAAUGUGAAACAAACCGAAGAGCAUUGGCUAAGUAAUAUGCCAGAAGCUGCAGUGCAGGAAAUAUGUGACAAUAUAAGUACUGGUGAAUUUACAAACUACAAUAAUCCUAAACCUGGUCAGAGUGCUGAUGCUUAUUUAAAUCUUCUUCAAAAUCAAAGACACCACAUGGGAAUUGUAUGUUCUGAAUGUGGGAAAUGUUUUACCCAGAAAGCGCAUCUUAUUAGUCAUCAAAAAAUUCAUACCGGAAAGAAAGCAUUUUUAUGUCCCGAGUGUGGGAAAUGUUUUAGCCAGAAAUCAGAUUUUUAUAGACAUUUGAAUAUUCAUACAGGAGAAAGGUCAUUUUCCUGUUUUAUUUGUGGGAAAUGUUUUAACCGUAAAGGUAAUCUUGUUGCUCAUCAGAAAAUUCAUACUGGAGAAAAGGGAUUUUCAUGUUCUAAUUGUGGGAAGUGUUUUACUCGGAGAUCAACUCUUAUUAACCAUCAAAAAAUUCAUACAGGAGAAAAGGGAUUUUCAUGUUAUAACUGUGGGAAAUGUUUCACUCAGAAAUCAACUCUUAUUAACCAUCAGAAAAUUCAUAUGGCGGCAAAAGGGUUUUCGUGUUCUGAAUGUGGGAAAUGUUUUACUCAGAAAUUAACUCUUGUUAAACAUCAGAAAAUUCAUAUUAAAAGAAAUCAAAGCCUUUACGUGCAGAGGGACACAUAGUUGUCACGCAUACAAUACCUAGUGCUGAUAAUGGCUACAUGUCAUCCUUGUGGGGGGCUCACUUUUGUAGUUAUUUGAGGCCCCUUUUCCCUGUAAGCUACUAUGAGGUGACCCAAAUGUAUUUGUUAUUCUCAGGGGGAUCCAGGGUCCCUAUAUAUGUUUGAAUAGCCAAGAAAUAAAAUGGGCAUUUAAGUAGAGGUUCAUGGAAGUAGGCGCCUUUGUGCAGUUAUAUAAAUAUACCCAAAGGUCUUAUUUAUAUGUUGAUAAACCCUUCUAUGAAAUGUAGGUACUGUUCAUGGCAUUAUAGACAGGUGAUCACUGAGCCAACAGCAUUUCUUUAGGAGGAAUUUAAAUUGACCAGAUGUAUAGGUGUACUGGGUAAGCCCCUACAUUAACAUCAAAAGAGAAAGAGGCCUCCAAAAGCCCUUGUCUGGUUUAGAAUAGCCCCUAGCCAAAUAAAAUGCAUUGUGUUGAAAUACAAUCAUUUCUUUCCUAAGGUAUGGUGAGUC